GCGUCUAGACAGGCGUUUGUCCACCAAAUUCGUCAGUACACGCAACGCUUAAAAUAAUAUUUAACUGUUAGGCCUGUAAUAUCCUGCGUUUGACUAUGUAUCGUUUUUGAAAUUGAAUGCCGCAAAUCGGAGUAGCAUUGAUGUCUCAUUUUAAAAGACGGACAUUCAAGCCUGUAACUGAAGUUUGAGUUUGACUCCGUUCGUGUGUGCUGAUUUUUUUUCUUCUUCUUUGGAGUAGCCUACGGUCAGAUCCGUACUGCUUACUUUGAUCGAAUGGGAUCGUUUAAAAUUAAUACAGCAGGAUCUAACUGUACCGGACAGAGACAUGUGGAAGAGGGUCUCUCAUGAAAUUUUGGGUCUUCAUGUGUAUUGCAGGAUCAGGCUAUAGGUGUGGAUUUUGGAAUCUCGACCAUGGGCUCUCUGAAAGCUUUGCAGGAGUGGUGCAGGAACCAGUGUGAAAGUUACAGUAAUGUGGACAUUACAAACAUGUCUUCAUCCUUCAGAGAUGGACUGGCCUUCUGUGCCAUCAUCCACAAACACAGACCUGAUCUCAUAGAUUUUGACUCCCUCUCAAAAGAAAAUGUCUUUGAGAACAACCGUCUGGCAUUUGAGGUUGCUGAGAGUGAGUUGGGUAUUCCAGCCCUGCUGGAUCCAGAAGACAUGGUGUCCAUGAGCGUGCCUGACAGAUUGAGCAUCAUCACCUAUGUAUCUCAGUAUUAUAACUACUUCACCAACAAAUCUCAUACUGUCUUCACAAAAAUAAAGAGCCCUGGUGGUCCUGGUCACAUCAAACCAGCCAUAAAGAGACCAUCUGCUCCUCCAGAGGGCCGUGACACUCAGACUGAGUCUGGUGCAGAUUUCCAACCAAACCGCAGUACUCUGAGCAGCAUCUGUUCAGUCUGUGGAAAGCAUGUUCACCUGGUUCAGAGGAUCCUCGUUGAUGGCAAACUUUAUCAUCGGAACUGCUUCAGAUGUAGGGAAUGCAGCAGAACUUUACUUCCUGGCUCUUACAAGUUUACAGAGGAUCCUGGAUCAUUAGUUUGCACACACCACUUCACCAGAUCUGCCUCCACCAAUCAGAAUGGUCAUUCAGAUACGAGUAAUCAAUUAGACAAAUUAACCUCAACAAGCCCAGAAGACCCAAACAAUAGGAGUUUAGAAUCUAAAGCAUCACACAGCGAUGCUGAGAUCACCCCGGAGAGAGAGGAAGAGGAAAUAACAGAAAUAGAAAAAUCAACAAGUAAGCAACAAGAUGGCAGAUCAAAAGUCGAGACAGAGCACAGAGCACCUUGUUCUUCUAGUCCACCAAAUCCUUUUGAUGAAUCUGAAGAGGAGGAUCAGGACACACAACAAGAAGACCACAAGCCAGCCGCUGAUGUAGCCAAUGGCGAUGGGCCAGCAACUUUGGUGAAGACUACUGCAGCAGAAGGUAGACCGGUUCCAGCACCUAGACGGGUAUUUGAGCCCACCCCUGCUCCUCGGCCUGUACCCAGGCCACGCCCACCUAGGCCUUCUGAGAGCCCUAUUGUCAAUGGAGAUCCUGAUACUCAAAUUCCUCAGGCUCCUGUGCCAAGAGAAAGACUGCACUCACCUGCUCGCUCUAGCAAGGCCAAUGACACUCCUAAACCAAAAGACCCACCCUGGCUGGCUCUUGUCCAAUCAGAAACCAAGAAGAAACCAGCACCUCGCCCACCCACAGGUAUAGCUAUACCUCCCUGCACUGGUUCAUCUCCUUCUCAAAAGGAGGAGGAAUCAAGACCAUCCUCUCCUCCAAAUCCCUUUGAUAAUGAUGAGGAAGAAGAGCCAGAAACAUGUCCUGAAGAUCCCCCUGGUCCUGUGGUGGCUAGUCAUCCUUGGUAUGGGAUCACUCAGGCUUCUGAAAUCACAUCUGGGGACACAAGAAGACAAAGUCCUGCCCCUUCUGAAAGUCCCAUAAGUGUCCGAAGGAAGAAGCGACCAGCACCCAAAGCUCCGAAUUCUUCUACAUCAGCUUUUCUUUCAUCUCAGACUUCCUCUCCUGCUUCUUCUCUAGCUCUGAGCACAGAGAGCCUUUCCUCCUCUUCCUCAGACCACAGUGCAGUCCCCCAGCAACCUGCUGCUGCUGAGGACCAUUUGUUUACCAAGAGUGUGUCUGAACCAUCAAUCAACGUUCCUGCUUCUACCCUGUCCCAAAAAACUAAGCUUCAACCUCACUGUUCUCCAAACCUGCCUCCUCCACCACCACCUACCAAUACCAGCUCAGCGCCAGCUACUCCACAAACCAAUCGCAGUGUGAGACCACCACCAUCCCCCUAUUCACAGACACCCAGCACUCCAGGAAAGCGCACUUGUAAAGAGAAUCCAUUUAAUCGGAAGACAACCACCACUGUAAGCUCUUCUGUAUCCAGACCCCCAAAAGGGCCCCGUCCUGCACGACCUCCUGCUCCUGGACAUGGAUUUCCUCUCAUUAAACGCAAAGUACAGUCAGACCAGUAUAUCCCAGUUGAAGACAUCCAUGUAGAGAUGAGUGAUCUGGAGAAACGGUUGGAUGAAUUAGAGCAGAGAGGGGUGGAUCUAGAGAAGAGCUUACGAGAAUGUUCAAAUGUUGAUGAGGAGGAACAUCUAAUUGUUGACUGGUUCACUCUUAUUCAGGAAAAGCAUUUACUGGUACGGAGAGAGGCUGAACUGGUCUACACAGCCAAGCAGCAGAACCUGGAGGAGAGGCAGGCCGAUGUAGAAUAUGAGCUUAGAUGUUUACUUAACAAGCCAGAGAAAGAAUGGACAGCUGAAGACAAAGACAGGGAAAAACAAUUGAUGGCAGAUCUUGUCACUAUAAUUGAGCAGAGGAACAAGAUUGUUAACAGCAUAGAUCUGGACAGACAGAGGGAGGAGGAGGAAGACAAACUAGUAGCUGCUAUGCUAAAGAAAAAAGAGUUCCAUGGACCGGCUGAUCAGAAGAAGAAAGCAGGGAAGUUUAAGCCCAUGAAGGUUUUGAAGAGACUAAGCACCAAGAAUGAAGGGGUAAAGGACAACAGUCCCCGAAAAGAGAACAGUUGAAGGGUAAACUUAGUGAAGGAAAGAGAAGCAAAAAAAAAAGGAUGUACUACAUGUCUAAUUAACACUUUUGAAUAUAUUGCUAUAAAACAGUUAUGUUAAAUUUGCCUUUGAGGUAGUAGCAGCUGAACUGAUAUACUACUGCAGUUUAUAAAAUUAAAAAAAAAACUAAAAUUAACACCGUCUUAGUCAGAUGCAACAAAAUUUUUGACUUAAAAAAAAUCUUGAA